AUGCCGUAUCGCGGCGCUGAGGAGCCGAGACACAGCUUUAAGUCAAAGAUCUCAUCACCUACUAAGAGGACCCUGAAUAACAAAAAUUAUUUGGCUGAAGAUGCCACUCCAGUCCUUGACUAUACAGGUUGUCUUGGGCAGGACCUGACAGACAAUCUGAGAAUUUCGCCUGGCUCCAAAUCGCCAUACGCGAAGGCUGGUGAGCCGAUGCUGCAACCAGAGCCCCCAUAUUUCAUUCAAAACUAUAGGAUGGCGUAUACACCGGGGCAUCGAGCUUCCCAACAGCCGCCGCGUACUGUUCAAACUUCGAAUCGUACCUCCCCAGGGAAGAGUGCGAAGGCCGCUAAUGCAAAGGCAAAAAAUGUUAGAUGCAAGGAAAAGCAGGACGCUUCGAUGGUUCCAUUUCUGAAUAAGGCCCAAAAGCAAAGGGCCAUCGCUAACCGAUAUUUCUCUCCACCAGUUGAUCUGCAGAAGAGAAAGAGAGCAGAGGGCAAGUUGAGACCACUUAUUGAUGUGGCAUACAGUAGCGGUCAAAAUUCCACCAAUUAUAGAAACUACAAACUCUUUAGCCCUGUUAUGCUAGGUGACAAGCGCUAUCAUGUGGUUUCGAAGGAAAUCGAGAAUAUUUAUAGAAGGGAAUACUGCAAAGCACAACCUCUAUACCGGUUCGGCGACAAGGAUAUCUCUUACAACUCUUUACAAGAGAUGACAGCAGGCCUGACAGAGUACCUACGAGAUAUAAAAACACCAGCCGCAGCAGGAGGCGGUAGAACACUAGCAACAGGUUCAUCGUGGAACGAAAGUUUUGAAUUGAGCUUCGACGGGAAAGCAAUUGACCGUAGCGAUAUAUUCCGAAUAGUCGAUUCCUUUAGCGUUGCUCUCUCGGAUGACGAUCCGGAGGAAGAGUCCAAUCGUGACGGCCUACCUUCCACCAACGUACUGCCGGCUGAGAUGUCGAGCCCUGCAUUUUGA